GCCAACCACAAAAUUAGAUGAAUGUCAUGAAAUCCUCUACAAAUUUCUGUUUGUAUGAAGAAGACGACAAGGGACGGACAAAGAUAUGGCAAGGCCAAGCAGCAACCGAAACGACACCACACAGGCAGGCACUUUUUUCUUGGCCACUCUCGUUCUGUGGUUUGUGUCCGUUUGUUUCGAGAUACUGUUCAACAAUCGCUGGGAGUUGCUUAGCAUCGUUGCUGGUGUUUUCUUUUAUCAAACGGCUAAUUGGGUCAUUCGAUUUUUCGUCUCUCGUGAUCCCCUCUUUGUUAACACCUCUGUUUCACUGCUCCACUCCACCAUUACCUCCGCUUCAGUGGUUUUUAUCUUGGUCAAUCAGUAUGUAGAAAUAGGCUCAAACACAAUGUUUGAGCACUCAGAAUUGUUUGGAGGAACUUGGCGUUGGGCAUAUCCUGCUUUGUGUUUUUCGUGUGGUUACUUUGCCUAUGAUCAGUUAGAUAUGCUGCGAUACCGGUUAUAUAGGGGUUUGAUCCCUGCCAUCCUGGUGCACCAUCUGAUACUCCUUGUUUGCUUUACUCUUGCUCUAUAUCGAAAUGUCACAAUCAACUACCUCAUUCUGACUCUCAUUUGUGAGCUGCAUUCAAUCUUUAUGCACGUGAGAAAAGUGCGACGGAUGGCUGGUGUUCGCGAUGCUAAGAGCAGAGUUGUAAAGAUUGAAUGGGUUUUCAAUUGGGUCACCUUCGCUUUCGCAAGGGUCGUGGCUCAUGUUCUCAUCACCAUCAAGUUGAUUGUAGAUGCUCCCAAGUUUGGCAAGGGAGUGGAGUUGCCACUUGCUUUGUUUGGGAUGUUUGGAAUGAACUUGCUUAAUGCUUUUCUAGGCAUUGAUUUGUUGAAUGCUUUCGCGAGGGAGAGAAAUUUCCAGCAAAAUAAUGAACACAGUGAAUAGCAAAAGGAAGAGGCCUGAUUUGGAAAUUUGUAAUCAUACCUUGAUUCUUCUUCUUCUUUCAGUUUAUUUUUUUUUUAUUUGGCUUGCUUGAUUUUUCACUACGUUUCAAUUAUCACAAAGGUAGUUUCUG